CCCCGCCGCCGCCGAGCGAGCCGGGAACCUGCCAGCGAGCCCAGCCCGGCUCCCCUCCCCGGCCCCCCCCUCCUCUGCGCUGGAGCUUUCCGGGGGUGGGGGGGCCCUGAUCUCUUCAAGGGGGUGGGGGCUGUAGGGAUCUGUCCCCCCCACCCCUCUUCCAGCCCCCCCCGCCAUUGGCAGGCAAGAAAUCUCUGGGCAGGGGGGUGGGGAGGGCGGGGUGGGGGCUCGCCCCGCUUUCGGAGGGGGAAGGCGAGCAGCAGAGUGCUGCGGGGGGGUGUUUGCUCCAUCCCCCCCUUCCUCAGCCCAGCACCAGGGUGGGUUUUUUUUUUAAGGGAUCAUCAGUCAUUCUGCGUUUGACAGCUCGGAAUACUUGAUGGACAGCUGAGGCAGCCAGGACUGCUGGGGGGAGAGAGAGAGAGAGAGAGAGAAAUCGACUGCAACCCCCCCCCCCCAGCUUUCUCCAGGAACCCCCCCCCCCCCUCCACCAAUGCUUUGCCUCCUGGCAUUCGCUUUCUGGACAGCCUUGAAUCAGGGUUAACCAAGCCAGGGAGGAGGAGACCCCCCCCACCCCGAGAAUUGAAUUGUUUGCAGCAGUUUGGACCCGGAGCUGGGGUGUGUGGGGGGGAGAGAUCUCGGAUCCUCGCCCCCCAUUCACAGCCCGUUUCCUAAGGAGAGCGAGAGGAAAGAAAGACCCCGGCUCGGACCCCCACACGCCAAGCAUCCGAUGGCACAAACGGUAGUACGAUGACCUGGUGCAUUACCCCGCCAUGGAUGGAGUCGCUCUGCCUGGGUUCGGGGACCCUCACACGGCUCGGAGUUUGCAGCACCACGCGCUGAGCCAGAGCUCGCCCUAUGGAUCGGCCGGGGCACCCCACCGGGCCGGGGUGCUCCCGGGCCUGGGGAGCACGGACGCCUUGAAGAGGGAGAAGGAUGAGAUCUAUGGGCAUCCCUUGUUCCCCUUGCUGGCCUUGGUCUUUGAGAAGUGUGAGCUGGCGACCUGCUCCCCCAGGGAUACCUCGGGCUCUUACCCCGGUGGGGACGUCUGCUCCUCCGAUUCCUUCAACGAGGACAUAGCCGUCUUCGCUAAACAGAUUAGGACAGAAAAACCUUUAUUUUCUUCCAAUCCUGAGCUGGAUAAUUUGAUGAUCCAGUCAAUCCAGGUGCUGCGCUUCCAUCUCUUGGAAUUAGAAAAGGUACACGACCUGUGCGACAAUUUCUGCCACCGCUACAUCACCUGCCUGAAGGGGAAGAUGCCCAUCGACCUGGUGAUCGACGAUCGGGACGGGGGCUCCAAAUCCGACCUGGAGGACUUCACGGGCUCCUGCGCCAGCCUCUCCGACCAGAACAACUCCUGGAUCCGAGACCACGACGAGACGGGGUCCACGCACUCGGGCACCCCAGGCCCCUCCAGUGGGGGCAUCGCCUCGCAGAGCGGCGACAACUCCAGCGAGCCAGGGGACUGCCUGGACAACAGCGUGGCCUCCCCCAGCACCGGGGACGACGACGACCUGGACCGGGACAAAAAACGCAACAAGAAACGGGGGAUCUUCCCCAAAGUCGCCACCAACAUCAUGCGGGCCUGGCUGUUCCAGCACCUGUCGCACCCGUACCCCUCGGAGGAGCAGAAGAAGCAGCUGGCGCAGGACACGGGGCUCACCAUCCUGCAGGUCAAUAACUGGUUUAUUAACGCCCGGAGGCGCAUCGUCCAGCCAAUGAUCGACCAGUCCAACCGCACAGGCCAGGGGCCGCCCUACAGCCCCGAGGCGCAGCCCAUGGGCGGGUACGUCGUGGACGGGCAGCAGCACAUGGCCAUCCGCCCCCCAGGUCCGAUGGGCAGUAUGGGCAUUGCCAUGGGAGUGGAGGGCCAGUGGCACUACAUGUGAGCUCUCCUGCUGACGCCAAUGCUGGGGGAUGUUUCCAGGAUAUGCCGGGCCCUGCCGGGCCAUUAUCCUAUCGGGCCCACGGGCACAGAACUCACGCAGCAGCCAGGGUACAGGCACCCCCCCCAUCC